AUGCGCACCGACUACAUCCACCAGAGAUUGCGCACCGGCUCCAUCCGCGAGCGAUUUCGCACUAACUCCAUUCACAGCGAUUACGCAUUGACUCCAUCCACCGGAGAUUGCGCACGGCGGCCUUCCACCAGCGGUUUCGCAAGGACUCCAUCCACCAGCGAUUGCGCGCCGACUCCAUCCACCAGCGAAUACGCACUGACUCCAUCCAUCAGCCAUUGUGCACCAACUGCAUCCACCAGCGAUUUCGCACUGACUCAAUCCACCAGCUCUUACUCAUCGACUCCAUCCAAACGCGAUUGCGCACCGACUCCUUCCACCAAUGAUUGCGCACCGACUCCUAUCACCAGCGAUUUUGCACUGACUCCAUCCACCAGCGAUUGUGCACGGAGGCCUUCCACCAGGGGUUGUGUACCGGCUGCUUCCUCUACCCUUGAGUCUAAGUUUGGUGAAUCCUACAUUCCGAUGCUGAGAGUUAUAUAUAAUAUCUAUCGUAUCCCUUCGGUACUCCGAGUACGUGAUCAUGAUGAACGCAAUAUUUCUUCAAGAUCUUGGCUUUUUUUUCAUAGCGUUACCCAACUCGCUUCAAUUCAAUAUAACAAAUCCGUUUAG